GCCGAGUUAUCCGGACUGAGAAGUCACUGUGCGCAAAGGGAAACAGAAAAGUUCCACAAGAGGACUCACUCUGGAUCUUUUCAGGAUAAUAAUGAACUAUACGACGCUUAUGUAUGUACAAGUUCAAAAUACGGACUUUUGACUUCACUUUGGACCGGAGCCACGUUUUAAAAUUUACUGCAGUUUGCACAGACAUUCUACAAAUCUCGCUGCUCUACUGCGAUGUUUAAAAGAAACCAAGUCAUUUAGAAAGGUCUUUGUAUGAUGGCUGAUGUGACACUUCCAGGGUGAGCAGCUCCUGUUUUCAGUGCUGUGACGCCCUCUGCUGUGUGGCUGAGGGAGAUUCAGAACUGGGAAAGCAAGGAUGGAGAAUGUUAUCAAGGAGGGGAUGAACACUGUCAUCAUCAACCACUACAACCACUCGGGGAAGUUGGACCGACCUCGUAACGGGGGCGUCUGCAAGACGGUGUUGCUGCUAAUCAUCUGCAUGCUCAUCAUUCUGGAGAACAUAAUGGUUCUGCUCGCUAUCUGGAGGAACAAGCGCUUCCACAGCCGAAUGUAUCUGCUCAUUGGAAACCUGGCGUUGUCUGACCUUCUGGCUGGUGUGGCCUAUGUGGUAAAUAUCUUCACCUCGGGGAGUAAGACCUUCUACCUGACGCCAGAGCAAUGGCUGGCUAGAGAGGGAAGCAUGUUUGUGGCCCUCAGCGCCUCCACCUGCAGUCUCCUGGCCAUUGGCAUUGAGAGGCACAUGACAAUGGUGCGUCUGCGGCCCAAUGAAACAACCGGACGAGGAAGACUCCUGGUAAUGCUGGCAGCAUGCUGGGUUGUGUCUGUGCUGCUCGGGGCCCUGCCCAGUCUGGGCUGGAACUGCCUGAACAAUCUGGAUUCCUGCUCCACAGUUCUGCCAUUGUACGCUGAAAGUUACAUUGCCUUCUGCAUUAGUGUUUUCAGUGCGCUGCUGGUUGCUAUUAUCAUUCUCUACAUAAGGAUUUACCGUCUGGUGACCUCCAGCGGCCGCAGGGUGAGCAGCCGGCCUUCAGACUGCUCUCUGGUCCUGCUGCGGACGGUUGUGAUUGUUCUUGGGGUGUUUGUCGUUUGCUGGACCCCCUUAUUCGUUCUGCUCCUGCUCGAUGUCGGUUGCAGCCCGCAAAGGUGCGAGGUCCUCUACCAGGUGGACUGGUUCAUCACCCUGGCCGUGCUCAACUCUGCCCUCAACCCUCUGAUAUACACUCUGUCCAGCAGGGAGAUGAGAGGAGCUUUCUAUAAUUUACUCUGCUGCUCUCAAACCAGCAUGGAGCCAUGUGGGUCUCCUGCACUGGGUAACCCUCCUCUGGGCACCAUUAUCCCCACAGUGGAAAACAGCAGGACCAGUUUGGGUGGAGGUGGAGGCAGUGGGACUUGCAAGUCCGCUCUAAAGAUUCCUGGACCAACAAACUCCGACAAUAAACAUGCGGAUCCUUCUCCCACUACAGUGCUUCACCCGCCUGGGCCGGCGGACCUGCUCUCAGCUGUGCUUGUGAAGGCGGGGGCACUGCCGUCCCUCAGCAAGUUCUGAGCGGUGUCACCUAAAAAAAUAGUCUAGUAUCAGACAUUACUUCACUACCAGCCACUUUUUGUUUGUUUACUAUUGCUCAAGUAGCUUAUGAAACUUAGUUCGAACGGAGAAAAUCACGACAGUUACUUCUGCUCAGACUACAAUAAAAAGCCCUAUAGGUCACUACUAACACACAUGGUUAUAAAUAUCAAAAACCAAAACAGUGAACAAAAUAUAUGUUUGAUUUUCACAGUUAUUAAAGUUAAGUAACAUUUCUAACCAUCAGACUCAACAGGAAAGUGUCAUGCAUGCCAUGAUUCAACCUCUUCACCAUGCUUAUUGAACAGGCACAGUUCACAGCAGAGUUUACUCACCUUUCACAAUAUUUAUUCAUCAUCAUAAGCCAGUAGCAUUCAAAUGGUGGCACUUUUUACAUAUUGGAUAAACUGAUGGCGCUACAACAAGCCUGACUUAGCCUCUUAUCCCGGAUUUUGUAAUCCUACUUUUGUGAAGCAGCCCUCUGGAGGUCACUUUUCUGGAAGUUUCAUUAAACAAACUGGUUAUUUUCCCAGCUAAGUGAUACUUUGAGGUUGCAUUAUGGAGAUCACCAGCAAGUUUUGAAAUUUGUUGAUUACUUCUUUUAGGUAUUUUUACCUAACUUACACUUUUUCCACUUUACUAGUUAUCUAGCUAUUAGGUACUUUCCAGGAAAGGUUUCUGGCAUGCUCUGGAAAGUAACAUCUACGUUCCUGGUAAGUACUUUAGAGGUUUUGGGGAAAGUGUCCAGUAUGUUCCUUUAAAAUUCCCUUGAAUUACCUGGCAAGCUUCUGGAAAGUUUCAGAAAGUAAAUGGUAAGUUCAUUGAAUGUAAGAGCUGUAGUAAUUUGUUGUGCACUAUGGGCGAGAAAAGUAUUGCCAGACCAGCAGCUUCAUGAGGCUGUGACGAGUUUUCCAUACAUAAAAUAUGUGGAUAAAAAUGUUUUAGAUUCCUGAUUUAUUUUCAGGGGGAACUUGAGGAUCUUUAAUGCUUACCUUGUCACCAGAUGUGUGUACUCCUCCUGCAGUCUGCAAGCAAGAUUUGCAUAACCACAUCUAAAGAUACUUGCUUCUCACCAACACACACAGAAACCACUUAUAUAUAUAUAUAUCACUUAACCACUUGUGAAUAAGAAUGUUGGAUGUGAAUUAUUUAAUGAUAGUAGACUAUUGUGGUUGAUGUACAGUAGUGUCCGAUAAGGCAAUAGAAAAAAUAAAAUUCUAUUCUCUUUUA